AUGGAAACGGCACGUCACGCAUUAAACGUACCGCACGCAUCACAUGUAGGUCAGGGGCAAGUUGCGCCCCGCGCACUUCACACCGCUCACCCUGCGUUAUCGCCCGAAGGACGCGGCGACGUGGGACGAGGGGUGGGGAGGGACAGGGCAAGGACGAGUGCGCCGCCCGCAGCUUCCGCGAUCUUGUCGCGACAUCCCGGAAGUCGGCGAAAAUGA